GGCGUUCUAGUCGAUUCUGCUGUGGAAUAAUCUUUAAUUAUUUACGUUUCCGGUGAGUUCUGUUACGCCUAGGAGAAGAGCGCCUACAAUAUACGGAAAAAACCCCUUUCCUUUUACCAACCAAACAAAGCCUCAAAUGUUAUUGUUCAAAUACUAUAAACAAUUUUAACCAGAACCAGAAGCAGUUACAAAUAGUCUUGAAAUCUUUAUACAAGAACGAUGGAAAUGUGGGGAAUGUUCAGUAUUUUCUUAUUAAAUACGAACAAAUGUGAAAGGUUUUCAAGUUCCAAUGGAUCAUUAUGGAUCGCCAUUUCCACUAUUCUGUUCAGGAUCACUCUCUAUUACGUGGAAAAAGUGAAGAAAUAGUGAAGACGAGAAUCGGUGAUUACCAUAUUUCAAUGAUUCCAGCUCUUCUGAUUUCUCUGUAAAUGGCUGCUUGAAGAGACGAAUGUAAACAGAUUGCAUGAAAAAGUAAUUCAUCGUUGACAUCUUGAUAAAAUCAAUACUGGUACUGUAUAUAUUACAGCAACAUUUUUUGGUGCCGUACGCUUAAUAAAGAUUUAUCUUCGUGAGGUUAACCUUUGGUCAUCGAAGAAUUAACUUCUGUUUAGUUAAAGAAAAAACACAUUCCGACGUUUCACAGAGAUAAGUACUUUUGUUUAAAGAGUCUGAGCGAAUUGUUAUUGUGAAAGAAGGAUCAAGCUCCGUGAAGAAUGAAAGACUGAAAGACUUGAAGACUUGAAAUUGUUAUUUGGAUAAAACCAUCUGUAAUGACCGCCACCAAAACCAACAAGUAGUCAACUGAAAGACUUGCAUUUAUUAUUUACUAUCUGUAGCAAAACUAGUGACCGCCAAAACCAACAGCUAGCCAACUACAGAAAGAGGGAGAGAGUGAUACAUUUCUUUCAAAUCCGUUAUCAGGACUUUAUCGCUGAAGCACUCACAUCUUUCUCAAUAAUUGUUGCCAUCUCAAGAUGUAUUUUAACCUCACAAGAAACAACAGUGAACCUAAUUUCUUUGAUUUGGGAUGGUUUGAUUUUCCAACAAACGUUGUUGAUAACUAUGAGGUUAUGGUCGCAGUUCAUAAUAUUUUGGUUUUGCUUUCACUUCUUUCCAAUCUGAUAUUACUUUACGUUAUUUACAAGACGUUUCAUUCUACUGGAAAGAACAACAGUCUACUUUUGAUAUGCACUUGUAUCUGUAAUAUUUUCGUUUAUGGCUUCGCUAUCUUAAAUAUGAUCUUUCGAUUCGGUACCGCUUUCAUGGUCCGAGGCUUAUCCAUAUAUCUGCCUACAUACUACCUCAUAACCCUCGGUUUGGCACUAAAUAAUUAUGGUCUUAUUGUAACACCCAUAAAGUUUCAAGUGUUAUCACCCAAACCAAGAACUGUUAUUGCCAUCGUGGGACCAGUAUGGAUAAUACUCUCAUUCGUACUCCUCAUUGUCCCCAGUUUUGUUAAGGAUAUUCAGUUGUACACAAAAACGUUGUUGACGACUGAAGUCGGUAUAUGUUGGAUUGUGACCAUUAUUCUAUCGUUAUUAUAUUUUAAAAUCACCAAGACUUUAUAUCAUCGGAAGAAGACGCUUUUAAAAACAUUUAAUUUGUCUGAACAACAACAAGGAUCCGUCAUCAUUGCAAAAAAUUCAAGGCUAGCAAAAGUGAUGUUUAUUUACAAUUUAGAGCUGAUUGUUUUAACACUUCCGAUAUAUACUUGCGUUGUAAUACAGAGUAUAGUUUACGACGGAGAAAACCUUACUUUAAGUCGUAUCAUCUUUAUUUUGAUUCCUCUGGUCAUAAGUUUACCUCUUGUUCAUGUGAUUCACUGGCUUUUUGUAUCUCCUCAGUAUUACCAAGAGAUAAAGAGAAUCGUCGGGAAGAUUUUAAAUUUGUUUCAGCGUAAGAGUCAGGAACAGUAAACAAUUUAAGUAAAAAUUUUAAUGUACAUAAUGUGGCUUGAGGAGCGAUUGAAAAUAUAUGUUUGUUUUUUGAUUGUUAA